AUGCUGAACGGCCGUUCGACAGCACUGAGCUGCUGCUGUCGCGUUGCUGCACCCUUGAAGCUCUCUCGCUCUCGGGUCUUCGCGCGAUCCGUACGUACGCAACCCCGCCGGUACACGCAGCAAGACGAUCUGUCCGGCGACUCCCUGUAUGGUCCUAGCCCGAUGGCACUAGCGACACCUCGUCAGCUGGUGAAAUAUCUUAAUGACUACGUGAUAGGUCAGGAGAACGCCAAGAAGGUGCUCUCGGUGGCUGUGUACAACCACUACACGCGGGUGCAAGCAAACAUCAGGGCCAUGUACUACGACGAACCACCACAUCUGAGCAGGUCGUCCUUUUUAUCAACAAAUGUCAGCACCUUGGGGGCGCAAGCCGACACGUACUCCGCGGAAUCACCACUCGUGCCCCGGACACCUUUGCCUGUCUUCGAGAAGAGCAACGUACUGGUGAUCGGUCCCACAGGUUCAGGGAAAACCUUGCUGGCAAAGACUCUCGCGAAGGUUUUGGACGUGCCUUUCUCAGUCAGUGACGCCACCACGUUCACACAGGCCGGAUAUGUCGGAGACGAUGUAGAUAUGUGCGUCCAAAGGCUACUGCAAGCAGCCAACUGGGAUCCGUACAAAGCGAACAUGGGUAUCAUCUACAUCGAUGAAGUAGACAAAGCUGCUCGCAAGUCCACGGGCCCAGAAUCGACGCGCGACGUCGGCGGGGAGGGCGUCCAGCAAGCUCUGCUUCGCAUCAUGGAGGGUACGGUCGUUAACGUCCCUGCCAAGGGCCCCUCCAUGCAGUCCCCGACGGGGGGCGCGCGAGGCGCACGGCAAGGUAUGCCGUCUCCCGUUCAGUGGCCAGAAUCGUAUGCGGUAGACACCUCCAAUAUUCUCUUCAUUCUGAGCGGUGCAUUCGUGGGCCUGGAGGAUAUCAUCAAGAAACGGAUGGCUAAAGGGUCAAUUGGCUUCACCGCUAAUCUGGCAACAACACCUCCGCCCAAAUCCGCCGCAUCUGACAUGCCAUUCUUCACUCCGAAUGUCAACGCGCCAACAACCCUCCUCGAGCAUGUGCAGCCGGGUGAUCUUGUCAAGUUUGGCUUCAUUCCCGAGUUCAUCUCGCGGAUGCCGUCUAUAACGACACUCACUCCGCUCUCGCCGGCGGACCUGCGUCGGGUGCUGACUGAGGUCAAGGGCUCUCUCCUCUCGCAGUACACCGCGUUGUUCGGUUACUCGGGGAUAGAGCUCCGAUUCACCAACGCCGCGCUCGACCAGAUCUGCAAGAAAGCUGCAACCAGGGGAGGCGGCGCCCGAGGACUGCGAGGAAUCAUGGAAUCACUGUUGUUGGAUCCGAUGUACGAAGCACCGCACUCAUUCAUUUCGAUGCAGUGGAUCAAGCACAUCCUCAUUCGAGAGGCUACUGUACUGGGUGAAGCGCCGCCAGAUUACUGGGGUGCAGACCAGGGGGAGGCUGAGGAAUCUUGGAAAGCAUGGAACGAAGAGGAGGCGAUCUACACAGGGCAUCUACGCUGA